AUGGCUGCAAAGCCGGCUGUCCAAAGACUUCACGAGGGAGUAUCAGCUUCACCUGAUACCACUCCUCAAACAACUCGCCGUUCUUCCCCGUCCUCCUCAUUUUUGUCCGUGCCGGUGAUCAAUGAAGAGAUCACAGAUUUGGCUCUAGUACUCCAGGUGAUGGCAUCCGAGCCGGAUGAUGAGCGCUUACAGCGAGCAUGUUUGCAGGCGGUAAAUCGUCUGGCCAAGGAUGUGUCCAGGCUGCGACCGCUGUGCCUGGGGGCCGUGUCAGCCAUUGCCACGUCAGCAGCAUCCAUGCGUCAAAGCGUCCACGUGCAGAGAAUAGCAGUAGCUGCGCUUAGCAGUGUGGCAUAUGUACAGGAUGUGGCCACCUUGAUUGCACCAUUGGCCCUUCCCAUAGUGCUGGAGGCUGCCUUGGCUCAUCCCAGUGACUCCAAGUUGCAGGGGCUGAUGUGCGAGGCGUUCGCGCGACUGGCGCAAGGAGGUGGGGAGCGCGCCAUGGUGAAGUGCAUUGUGGCUUCCCUCAUGAUCCCCGAUGUUGCACUGCAGGUGCUGUGCGAUUCGCUGCAGAGGUUGUGCGAGAAUGGAAUCUGCCGCCCAGCCCAAGUCGUCGACGAACUUCUGCAUCUAUGCGACAGGGAUCCUGCGGAUCUGGAGUUGCAACGGCAAGUGUCCUUGUGUAUGCAGAGGUUGCUGAAUGUUGGCGUAAUCAGUCGCGCAUGCAUCCAGGGUCGAGGUGCUUUGCUCAAUGCCCAGUGGGCUCAUCUGCUCGAGCGCUUUCUUCACGCUGAAGACGAAGAAGCCAAGCUGGAUGGCACCUUUCACAGUAAGGUUCAGGAACUUUUUCAUCGAGAGGUGGCACUGCACUUCGAGUAUGAGGCUGCUGAGCGUUGUCUUCACUUCCUGCGCAGUGGGAGGACACAGCCAUCACUGAUCUUCUUGGAAGUCAUUAGAUGCCUGGCGGAGAACCUGGAGGAUUACCAAAGCCGCUCGGAGGCGCGCGAGCUUGCAUGGGAUGCUGGGCGACAAAUGCUAGUUCCUCUGGACCCUCAUCUACGACUGCGGCUGCAGAAUGAGGUCCUUGAAGCAAUGCAGCUUCGAUUGCCUCAAGCACUGUGCACUGCUGCCAUUGCUGCUGCAGACUGGCCGCAGAGUGAGGAAAGCUUGAUGGAGAAGACGGCGCAUCUGCUCAAUGACUGCAGCAAAUUGCUGGAGAGGAAGACGCAAGUGACUCAGGACCACCACGAGCGAGCUGCAGAGCUCAGAAGAGAGGUGAUGCUCUUCGAGGCAGUUGAGUACUUGGAGCUGAAUGCUACGGAGGCAACACCUACACAGGUAUCCUCUACGUUGCACAUGCUCGAGGUGGCCACUACCGUGGCACCGGCUGAUGCCUUGGAGCGCUUGCGGCAUCGUCUUCAAAGGCUGACCGCCCGGGUCUCGCCGAAGGCAGAGACCUUUGAAAGCGUGAAUGUCUGGCAUGUGACGCACGUCGCAUUGAUGUCGCCAUUUGUUGCCUUCAAGCUGAGGGGGGAUGGGAUCCUAGCUACCUGCGACGUGGGCGACGAGCACAGGGACGCAGAGCGCGUCUACGAUCCGCAGCAAGAGAGGCGCUGGGAAAAGAAAUACAAGUUCUUCAGCGAAGCCAAAAUGAAGGCGACGUACCGUACUUUCGCGCGUGCCAGGCACGACCCUUUCAACAAGGAUCCGGCAUGGGGAAAAUCAGUCCUUUCUCGCUUCGCUACUUUCUGCGGCGAGAGAAACGUGAAACUGGAGGACAUCUUCCAUCAUGUUGAUGCAGAUGGAGAUUAUUCACUGAGCAGACCAGAAGUCAAGCAUGCGUUAUGCAGGGUGCUGCCGUCCCUUUCGGACCAGGAGGUUGUGGCCAUCUUCGAUGCAAUCGAUGAGGAUCACAGUGGUGCGGUCAGCGUGCAAGAGUUUCGACAAGCUUUGGAAUGGGGUAGGAGCGCCAAGUUUAGCAAAGAGUCGAUCGAACGACACCGGAAUCCGACCCACCGGAUGAAGCGGUUUCCACCUGCAAGAGUUGAUGGCUGGGAGCAUCUCAGAGAUGCUGAUAGCGUUCAAGGCACAAAGUAUGAGAAGGUCGGCCAAGCCAGCAGCUUGCUGGAGAUGUGCGAGAAGGAGACGUCUGAAUGCUUAGGCAGACUAGCGAAGACGUUAGUCCGCACUCCUCGUGCUCUUCAACACCGAGCCCAGACGCCAAAGUACUUGUAUUUCGGGGGUGGCGCUGACAGUGAUCGCUUCCACAAGCACUCCAGGCACAGUGCCAAGUCCAGGUCGAGAUACCAGAUCCAGGAGGCCGACCGGGGCGAGGGCAUCCUGGGCCACUUGCCUGUGGAACUAGUCAAGGACAAGGGGAGCCCCGUGCGCGGGGAGACCAACGCAGCAGCCCAGAACAACUCGCGGCUUCCAAAAGACGCCAGCAUUCUCUUGACCACAGAGUUCAAGGGGCACGAGCGGUCACCAACGCGUCAGCCGGGCGACAAGUUCUUCAACAUGUCUCCAGCAAAGACCGCGUCCUCGAACCGGCCCUUUGCCGAAGACUGGAGCGGCAAGGAUGUAACUCUUCGGGGUCUUGCUCAGACUCAGCACACAUGUUCCGGCUACGACGAGCAGUGGGACAUGUGCCCGCAGCUUCCUUCAUGUACGAGCUGCGAGUCAGUUGACUGCGUCUUCGGGCAGUGGGGCACCUGGUUUGAUGCUGGAGGCUGCACGCAAAUCCAGUUCAGACAGCGUGGCAUUUCUGUAUCGAACAAUGAAUGUGGAACCCCCUGCUCUGGCGCGAAGAUACAAUCCCGCUCGAGCCCUGAUGAAAGGUGCACCAAAGACGAGAUAGACUGCCAGUGGGAGGCUUUCUCUUCCAAUAGGAGCCGUGCAGGCUUGCCAUGUGUGGGCGAGAUGAAGCAGACGCAGCCGUUCUGGCCCCACACCGCAACAUUGCAUGAUGAGUUCAUGGCGAGAGUGGUGAAGGACAGUACUCUCGCUAUCGCCGUGUCAUCCGUGAGGCUUCUCGGGGCUGCAUCUGAGGGCAAGCUGGUGCACACCGCUGCAGCCUUUUCCCAGCCAGGCAAGCAAAGGUGGCAGCUUGUGUUUUUUUCUUCAGAUGUGUUUGCGGCCACUUCAAUGCCUGUCGAAGGGAAUGGUCCUUGUGGUCGCAUUGUGACCGUACCUGUGGCGGACUUCCGCCGGGUCCGAUUGGCUGGGGUGCUUCUCUUGUCUCAAAGCCGUCAUAAAGUUGUUAGUGCUCAGCAUGCUGAGAAGAGGCCAGUUCGAAAGCCAGAGCCAAAGGCUUUCCGCCAGCCCAGCACUGGAUCAAAGGCACCGCGACAGAAUCCGUCGCGCCUGGCCAGCUUGUUUGAGGAUGGACCUGUCAAAAACCUGGAUGCUGUGUUCGGCAACGGUGCGAAAGCACGAACUCCUUCGACACCAGGGGCACCAGUGCGCAUAAAACCAUCAGACACCUGGAAUGUACUUGCUUCACUCUUUGCUGGGCUACUAUUUACAGCGUUGCCCUUGGUAUCUCAGCUUGAUGAGGAUGAGGCAUCGAAGUUGGCCGUCUUUGUUGAGCGGUUGAAAACCCUGACGGCGCAGGAGCGGCGUGCUCAGUUGGCUUCCCUGGACUCGAACACGAGGGAAAAGCUGCGGGAGCACUUGCUCUCAGUGGCGCUGACCCAACCGGCAGGGAAUGCGCAAGCGAUUGCGGCCAAAAGAGAGGCGAGUGGUCAAGGUGGCUACUGCGGCCAUCAUCUGCUCCGGAUGGUUUCAGACUGCAACACAGGUGCCUGCAAUCCGAUGCAGACGUCAGACUGCCGGUGGUCUGAAUGGGAUAUGUGGUCUGAAUGCAGCGCCCGCUGUGGUGAUGGCUCCAUGCAGAGGGAGCGGCGGAUCAUCUCUGAAGCACUGGCGGGUGGGGCUGCGUGUGAAGGGCCCUUAAAAGAGCUGUCGCUUUGCCAGGUGAGCCAGUGCACGCUGGUUGACUGCCGCUGGGCAGAUUGGGGAGCCUGGUCGGACUGCUCUUGCGAGUGCGGCGGUGGAACCAAGCGACGAACGAGGGCAGUGAUGGAAGCUCCAAGAAAUGGUGGCAAGGAAUGCGAGCCCCAGGACAUGGAGGAAGCCUUUCCCUGCAACACUCAGCCAUGUGGGAGCGGUUGUGUCGACGGCCAGUGGGGGGCAUGGAGCUCUUGGACCUCUUGCUCUGCAACCUGUGCCAGCAGCUAUCAAUCUCGUAGCCGCAACCUCGAAAUCCAGCCAAGCAGCUGCGGCAAAGCGGCUGCCGGGCCACGUGACGAGUACCAAGUGUGCAGCCAGCUGCAGCCAUGUAUUGAGGACACUGAUUGUCAACUGCAUGAGUGGGGCGAGUGGUCGCAUUGCAGCUGCCAUUGCUUUGGAAUCCGAGAGAGGAAUCGUUUCAUAUCCCACUUUGCCACUGGAAAGGGCAAGCCUUGCGCACUUGCUGCCCUCAAGGUUAUUGAGCCAUGCAAUCCUGGUCCGCUCACGGCGUAUAAUCCCGAUGUUCCGGGUGGGCUGCCGCUUCAGCUGCAGGUGCCCCCAGCUGACUGUCAAGACAAACCGCCGGUGGACUGCGAGCUCCAUCAUUGGAGUGAGUGGACACGAUGCUCCAGAACAUGUGGGGGUGGCCAGCGCGAGCGCAGUCGGACUGUCCGCACGGCACCAAAGCAUGGUGGACAGCCAUGCAAGUCUGACCUGACGACUGUGGAGCCCUGCAAUCUAGAUCCUUGUCACCAAUUUCAUUGUGAAGACUGCAGGUGGGGUGCAUGGAGCGACUGGGGAGGUUGCAGCAAGUGUGGUGGGCAGAAAUAUCGCCACAGAUCCAUUGUGCAGAUGGCAAACCAUUGUGGCAAGCCAUGCGAUGUUAAGGCGGCGAAGGAGACUACCAGCUGCACCAGCGAGUGCAAGAAGCCGCUGUACUGCGCUUGGACAGAAUGGUCUGGGGCAACUUCCUGCGCUCAGUGCGGUCCAGCCACUACCAUGCGCAACCGAGCCCUAGGCUUUUCAUCCACAGAUCCAGGGCCCGGUCAGUGGUUUUUCCGCGUGACUGGCGAAUCUGAAUGUGCGGGGACGCAGCUGAACGUAAGCUUGUGCCCUUCCGCUGGGACAAGCUGCCAGAAUUGCGUCCCUCAGCACUGCCACUUUGGCGAGUGGGGGGACUGGCGUGAGCCGACCUGUGUUGGCCUUUGUGAGCGCGAGCGAACUAUAGCUAUCACCAACAACGAAUGUGGAGAUCCAUGUAAAGGACCAAUGCUCAUGACAAAAAGUUGCCCCGUGGAGUGCACCCAACCUAAAGACUGUGCAUUCUCCGCUUGGAGCGAGUGGAGUCAAUGUCCGGUUUUCGCAUCGCAGUCCCAGAGAACGCGCUCACGAACUAUUGCCCAGCAGCCAGAGAAUGAGGGCAGGCCUUGCGUAGGGGCUUUGCAAGAAACUGUGGCCUGCGAAUACAAUCACCUCAAGGUUGACUGUUCCUUCACGCCAUGGGAUCAGUGGUCAUCCUGUAGUCGCACGUGUGGCAGCGGCGGCUGGAAGGAACGGACUCGAAACAUUGCGGACGCAGCAGCAGGUGGUGGACUGCAGUGCAAAGGAGGUCUGACAGAACUGGUGGCUUGUGAUGGUGAACAGGUUUGUCCGGGCUACGAGAAGGUUGAUUGUCAGUUUGCACCAUGGGGGGCAUGGUCAGCACCGGACACCAGCAACCAAAGGAAGCGGGUAAGAAAGAUAGUUCAGAUGGCCCUGCAUGGUGGUGACCCCUGUGAAGGCACCUUGGAGGAGGUUGAAAGCAUUCCACCGGUGACCAGCGACUGCGUCGUUUCGGAGUGGAGUGAAUGGGACAGCUGCGACCGAGUCUGUGGUGGUGGACAGUCGGUAAGACAUCGGGAGGUCCGGCGAUUCCCCCAAGCUGGCGGGGCACCCUGCCCUACUGAUCUCAAGGUAACACGAAGUUGCAACACUCAGUCGUGUGAUGCUCAAGACUGCACCGUGUCGGGGUGGAGUGAGUGGGGACCCUGCUCCUCAAGCUGCGGAGCCGGCCAGCAAAGCAGGAGCCGCCACAUCACCAGCCUGCGGAGCUUGGAUGGUUUGGGCUGCCACUUGGGUCUCGGCAUGACUCAAGAGUGCGAAGGCGAUCACUAUUGCGGGAAGCUUGACUGCGAAUGGGGUGAAUGGAGUGAUUGGAGCGGAUGCACAUGCAGCUGUGAUGGUGGGCAGCAGACUCGGACGCGGCACAUUGCCCGUGCACCGCGCAAUGGCGGUUUGCCCUGCCAGGAGGGUGACAAGGAGCAGAUUGCGCCCUGCAAUACCCAGCCAUGCGGUGAGACGAAGUGCCGAGAUGGCCAGUGGGACGAAUGGACGUCAUGGGCUCCUUGUUCGGUUUCUUGCGGCGGUGGAGUGACUUUUCGCAGACGAAGGAUUGGCAUCAUGGCAAAUGACUGCGGCCGGGAGCCUUUGGGCAAGAGCAGAGAGAUCGCAUUCUGCGAUGUGGGCAUUUCUUGCUCCAGGCCGGUGGAUUGUGAGCUUUCAGAGUGGAGCUCCUGGAGCGCGUGCUCCUCAAGUUGUGACGGGAUUCGGCAUCGCUCCCGCGGCGUCCGGAUCUAUGGAAAGGGGGAUGGCCGAUGGUGCAAGGGUGGGCUGCGGGAAACGGCACCCUGCAACCCCACGCAGGGCUCCCUGCUGCCAGAGGGUUGUGGCCCUGGCCCUGCUCGGGAUUGUCUGUUUGGACCAUGGGAGGCCUGGAAGACCUGCAGCGCUUCCUGCGGGGGCGGCGAGCACUCGCGAAGCCGGGAGAUUUUCCAGAAAGCAAAGAAUGGAGGGCUGCCCUGUGAGGGUGACCUCAAGCAGAUCUCUGAAUGUGCCAGACACGAUUGCGGCGGUCCCGAACCGAAAGAUUGCAUCUUUGGUGACUGGGAGGAGUGGGGUGCCUGCGGCAAGUGCAGCGGACAAAGAAAGAGGUUUCGCAGCAUCAUGCAGUAUCCGACAGCAGGCGGUAAGGAGUGCGACUUAACAGAAACCGAGCAGGCGGGAAGCUGCCCUCGCAGUUGUCAUACCCAGCAUUUUUGUGGCUGGGCGACUUGGGGUGCUUGGGGCUCAUGCUCGGCGUCUUGUGGUCAAGGCUACAGACAGCGCCGGAGACACCUGCAGUUGUCGGACAACCCGCAUGCUCUGAUGAUUGGCCGGGACAUGAUCCAAGAGUACGAUGACCUGGUGCAGAGAACGCAGGAUGGGCAUGCUAGCUUGCCGCUGUCCGUUGCAAUAGAUCGGAAGCGCAUGAAGUGGACUGACUGCUCCAAUCUGAAGGCCGCUGGCGCGGCUGAGUUUGCUGACUUAGCAAACUUGCACUGCUUCCUGAUCAGCACAGCUUGUGCAGAGGAACGUCGCACGGAUGCUCUAGCAGCCCUGAAAGAUGUUUGCAGUCCGCAAGUACGCGUCUUCGAGCGUGAUGUUGUUGAUGGUGCCCGCGGUUGCUAUCUCUCGCACAUUUCUGUUUAUGAAGAGAUGAUAGCAAACGGCGCCCCCUGGGCUGUGAUUUUUGAGGACAACAUUCAGGUGCUCUCAGCUUCUGACCUGAAAGUUGUGCUUCAAUCCUUGCAAAAAUGGACCACCUCGGCCUCCUGGAUGAUUUUACAUCUAAGCUUGGUGCAUUCUGCUGCUUCCCUCAAGUUGCGGAAGGAGGAGGCUCUGACGUCCGAUUCUGACAUACUGAGAGUGGAGCGGACAGCGCCCGACUGGUAUGGGCCCGUCCAGAUCGAUCGCGCCCCAGGUCUGGGAACGACGGCCUACAUCAUUUCUAGAGAUGCCGCACUAGCAAUUGUGAAACACCACGCAGAUAUUGGUUAUGUGCAGCCCAUUGACGACUUGUUGAGCGAAACCUUUCCUGACACCACAUUUGCAAUAUUCCCGGCUCCGGUGCAUCGUGGAAGGGCUGCAAGUCUCAUAAAUACAGACCAGGAGCUGUUCCGGUCAGUGAUGUAUGACCCGCGUGUGUUCAGAAACUUAGAGUGGACGCUGGUUCAGACUGGCUUGUCGAGCAGCCAACUCGUUUGGGUCUUUCUUGCAGCAAUGGCGGAGUUGGACGCACAGCAUUUUCGCGAGCUGGCCAUGGCUUUUGCUGCCGGCGGGGCAUGCUUGAUGUUUGCGUUCACCUUGCUUCGCGGUUCGAUACCGUGGUCGCAGGCGUCUUUGCGAAUCACAGAGGGCGGCGUGUCCUCUCGUACGUUCUCGAGAACGACGGAUAGCUUGCACCCACGUGUAAGUGACACAGCGGAAAUGGCAAACGGCGAUUACUUCUUGGUGGCAAGCGAGCAUGAAACCGAGUUGCCCUGGGCUCAACGCAGCCUGGAUGAGGAGAGCACUUAG